AUGGAUGAGAGAUCGGAUUCAACCUUUGUUUCAAUGAAAGUUGUUCUCAUUGGAGCAUCGACUGUUGGAAAAACAAGUCUUGUUAAUGUUGCAACUGAUGGAACAUUCCAAGAUACUCAAGCUCCAACGAUUGGAUCUUGUUUUGUUGUUAAAAAGAUCAAAAUUGUUAAAAAAGUAAUCCGAUUGCAUCUAUGGGAUACAGCAGGCCAAGAGCGUUUCCGUUCCCUUGCUCCUAUGUAUUUUAGAGAUGCAAAUGUUGCACUAAUAGUCUACGCAGUGAAUGAUCAGAAAUCAUUUGAGGAUGCUUCUGGAUGGUAUGACUGUAUGGAAUCCGAAUGUCAAACAAUUCCUUACUUAUAUUUAAUCGGAAAUAAAAUUGAUUUAGAAAACGAAAGAAAUGUAUCUCAUGAUGAUGGUCUUUCUCUUGCCGAAAAGAUAGGAGCUCAAUUUUUCGAAGUUUCUGCAAAAGAAGGAACAAAUGUUGAUGAACUAUUUCAAAAUAUUGCCGAAGCUUGCAUUAAGAUUGAUGAUGAUUAUCACAAUAUGGUGCAUGACGAAAAAUUACUCGAAAAACAACCGAAAGAAAAGAAAAGCUGUUGUUAA